AUGGUGGUGGCGCAGAUCGUGAGAAUCAGGAACAACACCCUGCGAACUUUCUGCAUUACGCCUGGGGACUACUUUUACAAGACGAGCAUCGACGGCCAGCCCGUGAGCGACUGCAAAAUCGAGGUUCCGCCGGGCUUUGACCAAGCCUCAGAAGGCUUGACCAUUCCUUGGGAGUCCGUCUCGGGCACUGGAUUGGAGAUCUCGGAGGCCGAUGCCCAGAUCCGAUGUGUGGUGGGGCCGGUGGACUUCGACAGUGAGGAGCGAGAUUGGCUGCAGUUCAGACGCGAUGACUGGGAGCCUGCGCACCACAAGAAAUGGAUGCCCUUAGGCCAAAGACACUUGCUGGGAACCGUCGGCUCCUCCACAGACCUCGCGCUCACGUUUCGCGACUCCAAGAGUGAUUGCACGAGCAACCCUUCUCCUAUCGAGGAGGUUGUGCACUUCGAGAGUGCGAUGAAAGCCGCCCUGCCAAACACGGUCUUCUUGAACAUUUUUGACCUUGCCUCCGCUUUAUCGGUUCCCAAUUCGAUGCUGUGCAACACCAUGUUCAACACCAUCGGAGCCUUCCACACCGCUAUUGAGGUUUAUGGUGAAGAGUGGGCUUUCUAUCGCACACCAAAUCCGACAUCCUGCGGGGUUUGCAAGAGUCUGCGGCCGAGACAUCAUCCUGUUCACGUUUACAGGCAGUCCGUCAACCUCGGCAGCACAAUGCUCAAGGACUGGGAGGUGCGCUACCUGAUCCGAGCAAAGCUUGCCACGAAAUGGCCUGGAGGGACUUACGAUCUCCUCCGCCACAACUGCAUCCACUUCUGCCAGGAGUUGGCGCUGGCACUCGGUGUCAGCCCAGUUCCGGCAUGGGUGCGCAAUUUGCACGAGACAGGGGCCAGUGUCUUCCAACUUCCGUGGCCGCUGUCUUCCGUCAAGAGCUUGCUCUUCGGCGACCGACCAGCGCUCAUGGACGCUCCAGGUGAGCAGCAAAGCGAGCACCCAGAAACUGCUUCAAACGCGGCCGCGACAGAAGUGACUUUUACUUCGACAACAAGCCAAGCAGGACAUACGCUGUCACAUGUUGAUCGCAAGACCUUCCCUGGUUAG